UAAAUAUCUCCCCUGCAGUGAGACAUUUGCAUUGCACCUAACAAAGACCAGGUUUUUUGUUUGUCCACCGAUCCACAUCGAUGGCUCUUGUGAGAACAGCUCAAGGAACAUCCUCUAAUUCCAACGCUCGUCGGGGUUAUCAUUACGACGUGUUCUUGAGCUUUAGAGGUGAAGACACUCGCAAGACGUUUACCGACCACCUCUACACAGCUUUGAUAAGAGCAGGAUAUCGCACAUUUCGAGACGACGAUGAACUCGAGACGGGACAAGAUAUCAAGUCAGGACUGAAGCAAGCAAUCCAAAUUUCCCGAACUUCUGUCAUUGUGUUUUCGAAAGAUUACGUGUCAUCCAGAUGGUGUCUUAACGAGCUUGUCGAGAUCGUUGACCACAAGAGGACUAGCUUGGACCAUGUGGUUAUACCGGUCUUCUACGAUAUUGAUCCGUCCCAUGUGAGGAAGCAGACGGGAAGCGUUGCCGAGGCAUUUGCUAGACACCGGAAAACUGAACCCCCCGACAUGAUGGAGAGAUGGAGGAAGGCACUUGAAGAGGUUGCAGAUCUAGCUGGGAAGGUUUUACAAAAUCAAGCUUAUGGGUACGAGUCAAAGUUUAUCAAAGAUAUUGUUCAAGCGAUUCGUGAUAAGUUAAGUCGCACACAUUUGAGCGUUGAACCAAAACUGGUUGGAAUCCAUUCUCGAGUCGAACACAUCAAUUUAUGGUUACAAGAUCCAUCACAUGAUGUUGGUAUACUUGUUUUUUAUGGGCUGCCUGGAAUAGGGAAGACAACCAUUGCAAAAUGUGUUUACAAUUCAAACUUUGAAAGUUUUGAAGGAAGCAGCUAUGUUGAAAGUAUCAGAGAAACUGCAAGUCAUCCAGACGGCUUAGUUCGAAUACAAAAGCAAAUUCUUUGUGAUAUUUUAAAUGGGCAAAAAGAGAAAAUACACAAUGUUAGUGAGGGAAUAAUUAAGAUUGGAAGAGCCAUAAGCUUGAGAAGAGUUCUUCUUGUUCUUCAUGAUGUGGACCAUAUGGACCAAUUUGAUGCAGUACUGAGAAUGAAGGAUCAGUUUUAUCCUGGAAGUAAAAUAAUCAUAACAACUAGGCGUAAAAGGUUGCUGAAGGCACAUGAAGGUAUUACGGUGCAUGAAGUUGGACCUUUGGGUUUCGAUGAAUCAUUGGAGCUCUUAAGCCAGCAUGCUUUUGGCCAGGAUCAUCCCUUUGAAGGUUAUGAGAAAUAUUCUGAGGAAGUCGUACAACACGGCGGAAGACUUCCAUUAGCUCUCAAAGUUUUGGGUUCUUCUCUUUUCGGAGAACCUAAGCGUGUAUGGAAAAGUACAUUGGAGAAGUUAAAAGUUAUUCCAAAUGGUGAAAUCAUGAAUAAAUUGAGAAUAAGCUACGACUCUUUACAAGAUGACCAUGACCAGAAAUUAUUCCUCCGUAUUGCUUGUUUCUUUAUUGGAAAGGAUGAAGAUUACAUUGUCAGAAUACUAGAUGGAUGUGAUUUCAAGACAAUCUGUGGCAUUCAAAACCUCAGAGAUAGGUGCUUGGUGACAAUUGAUAGGGACAACAAGUUGUCUAUGCAUGACAUGAUUCGUGACAUGGGACGAGAAAUUGUUCGCCGAAAAUCAUAUGAGCCUGAGAAUCGUAGUAGAUUGUGGCGCUCUCAGGAUUCUUUCGAAGUAUUGAGAGAAAAGAAUGGUACGCAAGCAAUUGAAGGUCUUAUGCUGGACAUGCAUGAACAGCUUAAGAACAGCCCCAUAAACUCAAACGAGAAUGUCUUGGAAACCAAUUCAUUUGCAAGGAUGCACAAACUGAAACUGCUCUGUCUUAGACAUGUACGACUGGACGGAUGUUAUGCAGAACUUCCGACAAGGUUAAGAUGGUUGUGCUGGCUCGAAUUUCCUUUGGAUUCAAUUCCUGUUGAUUUUUCUUUGAAGAAAUUGGUAGUUCUUGAAAUGCAAUAUAGCAACUUGAGACAACUCUGCAAAAAAGCAAACUUUCUUCCUUCGUUGAAGAUCCUUGACGUUAGCCAUUCCCAUGGCCUUACUGAAAUCAUUGACUUCUCACUUUGCCCCAAACUAGAGGAAUUGAUUCUUCUGGAUUGCACCAGCCUGAUUGAUGUUCAUGAAUCCAUUGGAAACCUGAAGAGACUCGUGUACUUGAAUAUGAAGGAUUGCAAGAAUCUUAGGAUGCUUCCGAAGAACAUGUGCAUGCUUAAAUCACUUGAAACACUCAUUUUAUCUGGUUGCUCAAAUCUUGAUGAGUUUCCAGUGGAGAUGAUGAAGGAGAUGGAGUCUCUAGAGGUUCUUGCAACAGAUGGAAUUCCAUUAAGGCCAGAAAGAAGUUCAACUAUCUUGAGUUCUUUUCCAUGCUCUUUAGUAGAGUUAAGCUUGAAGGGGUGCAAUCUUUCUGAUGAUGUCUUUCCUACGGAUUUAAGUAAUCUGUCCUACUUGCGAAGCCUACUUUUAGAUGAGAAUCCAAUUUGCAGUAUGCCAGCUUUCAUCAAAGGUUUGAGAAGGCUCGAUCAUCUAUCUUUCCAGAAUUGUAAUAGGCUCGAAUCGCUUGUGGGGUUGCCGAAAGUACACCAAACGACAAAUAUAGAAGGAUGCAAAUCAUUAAGAAAAAUAAAACAUCUUUCCCGUGAGCGACGGUGCAAAAUGUACUGGAUGCGUGACAACUGCAGUCUAGUUGAGUUGGACUAUGAUUACAAGAUGGAGCCUAUUGAUAGAGUUGAUGUGGAAAUAAUCAAACUUUUGGGCUUGUGCAACUUAGAAUCCAUGCCAGCUGUUCUAAUGUGUCAUCCAUACCUACGAAGGACAACACCUGUUCCAAUAAAUCAUCUAUACACAAACAAUGGUCCAAAAAAGGUCCUGGUCCAGGGACUGUAUCAAUAUGGUAUAUUCAGCACAUUUUUUUCUAGGAAUGAGGUUCGAGGGCGAUUCAGUUAUAAAAGUACCAACACAAUUUUUGAUGGGAAAGAGUCCUCCAUAUCUUUUAUAGUCCCUUUACUACUUGCUAGUCACAGAAUUCGAGGCUUGAACAUCUUUGCUACCUAUAAAAUUACCGAGUUAUCCAACAUUAGCUUAUGUCAUCAAAUACUGGUUAAAGUGAGUAACAAGAGCAAGGGUCUGAAGUGGAUCUAUCGCCCAGAGUUCUAUGGAAUUAGAGGAGAGGGAGAAGAUAUGAUAUGGUUGAGCCAUUGGAAGAUGGAGAACGAAACAAUAUUACAAUGUGGAGAUCAAGUGGUGGUUUCUGUAGUGGCCCAUGAGUUGUUUAUAAAGGAGUUUGGUGUCGAGCUUGUGCAAGAACACCAGAAUAAUAUAAUGAUAAGUACCCAACACAACACCAAAUCAGAUCCUAAUUAUCCAUAUGUCAUCGGUGGAGAUUUGUCCAGGUGGGAGUAUAUACCAGGAAUAUACUUCCUUGGUUUCUCUGAAGAAGAUUUUGCAUUCGCUAUGGAAUCUCCGCGGGCAUUUCCAUAUCACCUCAUCUUUGACGCUGAUGAAGAAGACACAGACAAAGAAGAAGAGGAGGAACCUGAUUACACAAUUGGAAGGACGAGGGAUGCCAGUAGCAAUUGCGGCCUCAAAGGCUGGAAGGUGCUCCUCACAGCUGCCGGCUUAUUUUUCACGCUUGCCCUAGUAGUUAAGUCCUCCAUCUCCCAGAAAAAGAAGCGACAGUAGUCCACCAGCGAUCCAUGAGUUUGUAAUUUUACUUGACACAAACAUCUUUGGAUGACCUCCUUGUUUUCAAGAUGUUUUCUACCUUUAAAAACUUCGGGUUCACAGGUAAGCGCUUAACCGCUUGAGAUAUAAAAGCCCCUAGCAAUUAGAUAUCGAAGUUCAAAUAUGUUCAACAUCAUCAAAUAUUGCAUA